UCAUUACAGAUUUUUUGUAUAAUUUAUAGCCUAUUUACAAAUAAUUCAAAACUGUUCACUAAUUUAAAUGAUCAUUACAAUAGACAUUUCAAAAACAUUUGUCUUUAAAUAGAUUACUCUCCCUUUAUUGAAGAGGAAAUUCACAAAUAGGCUAAUGAUUUCAAAACGGAUGUUGGCUGAUUCGAAAUGACAACAAUUUUUGUUUGACUCGUGACAGAUGAAUGAUUAUGGUGGCAAACUGCAUCAUAUGGCUAUUAUCAGUGAUAGAACAUAGUGACUAGAAAUUUAAUAUGAUUCUAAAAUAGAGUAGCCGUAAAAUAUUAUGAUGUCAGCAUCCGAUGAAGAAUACGAACAUCAGUUUACGAGUCUGGAAGAAGAAUUUCUUCACGCUGCCAGAAAUGGAAACUUGGACACAGUGGAAGUUAUUCUAGCUCAAACUAGUGUUGGUGCUGACUUUGAUAUUAAUUGCAGAGGAACAAACAAGGCAAAUCGUGGUUGGACGGCUCUUCAUUUAGCAGCAUAUUUUGGACAUAUUGAUAUUGUUCGAUUUCUGUUAGAGAGAGGAGCUGAUGUGAAUGUUGCUAAUAGUCUAGGAGAUACACCAUUACAUAGGGCUGCUUAUACAGGAAGACUGGAAUUGGUGACUUUAUUACUACAGUACAAAGCUGAUGUGUUGGCCUUGAACUCUGAAGGUCAUCUUCCCAAACAACUCGCUAAACAUACCGAUGUUAAAAACCUAAUAGAAGCUGCUGAACAUCAUGAAAGUAAAAAAAUACAAGAACUAUUCCUGGCAUCAGCUACUCAAGGUGAUGUUGACACAGUCAGAGAACUGCUCAAAUCACCGACAGCUCCGCCCAUUAAUUGUCAGGAUCAGUUUGGUAAUACAGCUCUUCAUUUAUCAGCUUUACGAGGUCGUAGUGAGGUAGCUGUACUCUUAUUACAAAAUGGUAUUAAUACAAGUAUUAAAAAUAAAAAAGGGCAAUUGGCAUCAGAUAUGACAAAGACAAAUCAGAUGAAACAAUUGCUAGAUGUCCAGCCAAUCAAAUCCCUUAAAAGGAUUCCUCAGCGUUGUGAGGGUCAAAUAUUUAAAAAAUCAAAAUUAUUUGGAUAUCGUAUGUUUUAUGCGGUACUAGAAAAAGGGGUGUUAUCCUAUUUUCAGAACCGAGGUGAUGCUGUGUCAGGUAGCAAACGAAAAGGUAUGAAAUACUUAGAUGAAGCUAGAUUACAAGAGAAUAUUGGUGUUAGGGAAUUUAGAAUCUGUUUUUCUGAUGGUACCGUCCAUAAUUUAAAUACAGAGGCUGGUAAUGGUUCUCAGGUUUCAAAACAGAAAUGGUUAACAGCUUUAAAAGAACAUAUUGCCUUUAGUACCCAUUACACCCACCAAGGAGAAGUACUGAGUGAAGUAGAGGAAGAAUUAAUGCCCUUAGGAACCAUGUUAGAGGCCCUACAGAAUGCUCAAGCUGCUCAAAAGGUGUUGGAGACUCAUGUUAGUAAAUUACAUAGAAGUAUUGAAGUAGUAGAAUCAACUAAUAAAUCGACUGAUGAUGUGAAAUCUAUUAAAACUCAGUUAAAUCCUAUAUUAGAGUCAUCAAGAGAGAUGUGUGAUUCUUUAUCACAUUGUAUGACUGUAUUUGUACAACAAGAAGAGCUCCAAAAACUACAGUUAAAAGAAGAAAAAGAAAGGUGCCGUGUUUUACAGGAAGCAUUGAGAGCGUUAGCUAUGGAACAUCAUGAAUUAGAGCGAUCUAUAACCUCCAGACGAUCAUCAUUUAGAAAGUAUGAUACAGAUGAUGAUGAAUUUUAUGACUGUGAUAGUGAAGAUGAUAAAUUUGGUUCGCUGAGUUUUGAUAACCAGUUUGAAAGUUUUACUGAUGCAUGGUCUACCAAUUCAGGAGAAUCAAAAAAACAAAAGGACAAAAAUGGUGGUGGAACUGAUAAUAAAUAUAGGACCCAACUGCCUGUACCAAUGUUUUCAAGCCGAGACUUCAGUUUGUGGAGUAUUUUGAAACAAUGUAUUGGCAAGGAAUUGUCAAAAAUAACCAUGCCAGUUGUUUUCAAUGAACCUUUGAGUUUUCUACAGCGUCUAACAGAGUAUAUGGAAUAUUCUUAUUUACUUGAUCGAGCUAGUCAAACAUCUGAUCCCAUAGAGAGAUUACAGUAUGUGUCAGCAUUUGCUGUAUCCGCAAUCUCAUCGAACUGGGAAAGGUUAGGGAAACCUUUUAAUCCAUUAUUAGGUGAAACCUAUGAAUUAGAUCGUCAAGAAUUGGGUUUUAGAUUAAUCAGUGAACAAGUCAGUCAUCAUCCUCCAAUCAGCGCAUUUCACAUCGAAUCACCCCUUUAUAAAUUCCAUGGCCAAAUAUAUCCUAAAUUAAAAUUUUGGGGGAAAUCGGUUGAUAUUAAUCCAAAAGGUUUUGUCACUUUAGAACUCACAAAAUUUAAUGAAGUUUAUACCUGGCAGAAUGUAAAUUGCUGUGUACAUAAUAUUAUUGUUGGUAAAUUAUGGGUAGAACAUUACGGUACAAUGGAGAUUAUAAAUCAUAGAACCAAACAUCGAGCUGUAUUAAACUUUAAACAAGGUGGAUGGUUUGGUAAGGAGUUACACAAAGUUGAAGGCUAUAUCUAUGAUCCAGAUAAGAUAAAGUUAAAAGCUAUAUGGGGUAACUGGUUAAUGGGUUUAUUCUCAGUAAAUGCCAAUGUGUAUGAUGCACAUGUCGCAACAUUGGCAAAAAAUGCUUCACCUACUCAUCAGACAAAGAUGAAUGGAGCAGGUAAUGGGGAACCUGAAGAUGUUUCGGAUGAUAUUCCAUGUAAAGACUUUAAUUCAUUUGAUCUAAAUAUUCCUAAUCAGGUGACAUUAUGGCAGGCCACACCUAGACCAGAAGAUUCCUCAAAGUAUUAUUCAUUCACCAUGUUUGCUAUGACAUUAAAUGAACUGACUGAAGAUCUAAAAGCUAUAUUACCACCAACAGAUUCUAGAUUACGUCCAGAUAUAAGAUUUUUAGAAGAAGGCAAUAUAGAUGCUGCAGCUGAUGAAAAGAACAGAUUAGAAGAAAAACAACGACAAGCUAAAAAAGAUAGAAAGAAGAAAAAAGGAGAUUGGUCACCAGAGUAUUUUCAGUUGAGUAAAAAUUCCUACACUGGUAAAGAAGAAUGGGUUUUUAAGGGAAAUUAUUGGCAACGUGAAUUCAGUCAGUCACCAGAUAUUUUUUGAUCCAGUCAUAUAAUAAAAUCUAUCAAGUUAUGAUAUCAUUUUGUGUACCAAUGAAAAUCAUUAUGCAAUUUGACUGUCAGCUUUUUCAACACAUUACAUUGGAUUUUAAGUGCAGAAUGCAUUCUAGAUGAGAAAAGAAGGGAAUAAGAAUGAUUUAUAUAUAUGUGUGGAAGUGAAUGAGAUGCGUGUCUUAAAGCUGUAGAUCGUCAUUUCGGACAAUAUCUAAUUUUCCACAGCUUAUUCCCCACUAAACUGUACUCAGAUUGAUUAUUUAAUUAAGAAAACAGCAGUGGAUAAUCUCACAGCUUUUAUUUAAUCAGAUUAAAAAGAAGCUGAUCAAAAGAUUUUAGCAAAGAUUGUAGGUGGAUCCUGCUUUUUUUGACCACAUCACGUUUAGUAUCUGCUGAGGAUGCUGAAUGUUUACAAAUUUUCAGUUCAUCAUACCUUUGUAAAUACUUACCGAAAUUGAACCAUUUGUUGACUGAUGUUCCUUUAAGAGAUUCCAAUUUAACAAUAUUGUGGUUUACAAGGGAUUAACCAGAGACUUAAAUCUGGCGAGGGUAAUUAGGCAAGAUAAUUAUAAUAUCCAGCAAGACAAGAAAUAUAUCAGGGUAAUAAUAUUCCUAUAAUUUGCAUCGAAAUUUAAAACAUGGCUGCACUAAUGUUUUUAUACCUAUUGAAAUGAUUCUUAGUUGCCAUAGUAACCUGAUUAAGGAUGAUAGUAGUAUUAAAGGUACAACGAGAUAUUUUAGGAAAUAUUAUAAACCAAGUGAUUUAUAUAAUUGUAGGUAAUUUUGUAUAGUAUCCGGUAUGUGUUUAUAUACAGUGUAAAUAAUAUAUCCUAAUAGACAAUUUAUAUCAGAUUUAGUUACACCACUGUGAUAUCCAUUGGAUUACAUGAAUAUCUGAUUAUUUUCUUCAUGAAAUGAAAUAUAAUAUCGUUUGUAGUCUGAAACAAUGAGCAGUGUUGGGCGCAGGAUAUUUGGUUAGGGGUGAUACCUAAGAAAAUUUUUAUAUGCAGGAUGUCCCUCCACAAUUUGUUUGUGUACACUCUAGAGGUCAAAUUUUUUAUCCGAUUUUGACAAUACUUGAAAUAUAGGUUUUUCUCCGAAAGAUAUUGGUUCCUUUCAAUAUUGGCAUGUAUCAGAUCAUAACUUCAUGGAUUAAUGCCCUUGAUUGUACGAUAUUUGCGCAUAUCAGACCACAGCUUCCUGGAUUAUGGUCCCUGAUUGUACAAAAAAUCAUGUUUUUAGCCUUUGGUUCCUCUAGAGGUCACAAUUUUUUUAUCCUAUUUAAAAAAAACAUUCAAAUAUAUCACCGUAACACCAUAACGAUGGGUGAGUUUUGAUGAAACUUGAAAUGUGUGUUUAUAACCUGUGCAUAUCGGACCGUAACUUCCUGGAUUAUGGCCCCUAAAUUGUACGAAAAAUCAUGUUUUUUAGCUUGUGGAACCUCUAGAGGUCACAAUUUUUAUACGCCCACAUUGAAACGUAAUUUUGUCAUCGCCAAGUCUGUCUGUACAGCGAUCCAGUGUCCACAAGCAAUUGCUCUAGAGGCUAAAGUUAAUAUCUGUCUGGCUAUAAAUUUAUAUACGGUGUUUACGGUCAUAAGAUAAAGAAGCCUAUUAAUCUUCAAUGAUUUCCUAUAAUUACUGCCAGAGUUAUGACCCUUGAUAACUUUGAAAUAUCUUGUGGACGCUCUAGAGGCUAAAGUUAAUAUCCGAUUGACUUUAGAAACAGAAUUUUUUAAUACUGUAAACAGUGUAACUGGUUAAGGGAGGGGGUGGGGCUACCUGGAACUUCCACUGACACUUGGGUAUAGAAAUGAUAUAUAUAUUUAAUCUGACUGUGGUGGUAAGUUUUGAUAUAUGACGUGGGUAAUAGAGACAGAUUUAGUAUACAUGUAAAUAUCACCUUUAGUAAUAUAUAAUAUGAAAUGUUUUUGGAUACAAAGGUGAACAAUUAUGACAAUUACCUCUUUAGAAUGAUUUGUAUAUAAAUAUUGAUAUGGAUUUCCGAAUCUAGACUGAGAAGACUAUAAAUGGAUUUCCAACUCACUAGACAAUAAAUAAAUAUGAUUCUUUUAUAUUGAUUAAUCUUGCAUUUAAUAUUCCAUGUUGAUUACGCAAGAACAAUUUGGUUUGGAAUUUUUCAACACAGCAAUAUUUGGAAAAUCUCCAAUUUUCAUACCUGUGGGCACAUAUUGAAUAAUUUCUAGAUAAUUGUGUUCAAGCUUGAGUUGAAACAUGUGAUGUAUCAAUUGUAUAUAGAGCACUUAGCCAAAUGUAGAAUAUAUUAUUGAUAUGUUUUAUGAUAGAACAUAGUCAUAUUGAUUGGUAUGAAUUUAAGAUGAACAGUCUAUUGUUCACUACAAAUAUCAUGAAGAAACUAUUUGUUAUUGCUUCAUCAAAUUUGUAAUUCUCCAUUAAAAAUGUGUUUCCACAUUUCUGGAGCAUUGAUCGCUUACAAUUAUUGGUAAAAACAGUAUGAAACAUUCACAUUAAUAUUUAUAACAUCUGCAGUUUGGUUUAGAUUUUUGUUAAGCUAUGCCGUGAAUAAUAAUUUUGUAAAAUCCCAAUAGGAUAAGUUUAGUCUUAGUUAUUUUAAAAAACAGGUUAUUCUGUGAUAAUUUAGAAUAAACUGUAUUAUUUUCACUGAUUUAUAUGAUACUGAAUUUUAGGAUCUGAGAUAUUUUUGUUCGUGACUUGUUGAUUUAUGAAGGAGUGUAUUGAAAUAGUAAUAUAUUCCUAUCAAAUUUAAAUAAUUACUAAUACAUUAAGUUUCUAGAAUAUGUCAUAAUAUUAAUACAAGUCCACUCAAGCCAAAGUUUACUAUGUGUCAUGAAAGUGAUGUGAUAUCCUGUCAUUCACAAUUGGUGUAUGAAAUAUACAUUUCUUGUUUAAGUCUAAAUCAUUUAUCCAUGCUGUGCAUAUAUCUAGGGCAUCAUUUACUUAAUUACCUGGGAAAUCUUCUCAUUUGAGAAGUUCUUAUAGUUAAAACAUUUUUGUUGUACUUAUGUAAGUAAAAACAGCCAAUCACUCAAAUAAGAUAAAAUUCAAACAAAUAUGAUUAAACCAAUAUGACUAUUAAUUUCCAUAAAUUACAACAUUUUAAAAAAUUACUAAGCUCAUUCUACACUUUGCUGUUUCUUUGGUAAUUGAUGUAUUUACCACUGAUUUUUAAUGAAAUAUUAAAGAUCCAUGUUUAUAAGAGUAUAUGAUUUACUAUAAUAUUUAUUAGUACAGGCCCUGAGUUCACAAAGAAUUCUCAGGCUUAAGUUAAGAAUUUACUCAAAAUGGUUCGCCUUAUUUUAACUAAAAUAUAGCCUUUAUAAAACUUUUGUUGAUUUAAUGUAUCAAAUACAUCAAUAAAAAACUAUGUGCAAAGUUUUGUUUUUCUGGAUCAAAGAUAUCUCUCAUAAACAGUGAUUGGAAGUUGAGUAAAUUCUUGACUUAAGUCUGAAAAUGCUUUGUGAACACAGGGCCAGGAGUUUUAUAUCUCACAAUCAUUUAAGGGUUAAUAAAUAAAGUGCACACUUUUAUGUGUAGUGUUGAGUAAAGAAGAUCUUAACAUCAGGGUGGAAUAAACCUGAUGGAUACAAAUAUAGGGCUAAGAAGAAAAAAAUAUUUUUAUACUAUCAGGGCUUGGGUAAUGGUAAUGCUAUGUAAUCAUUACACAUUUUGAUGGAAGAUUUCAAAAUGUUAUGAGUAAUAGAAAUGUAAUUAUUUACAUUCCCCAUAAAAUAUAAUGAUUAAUUACAUCUCAAUUAAAUAAUGGCUAUCUGAUACAAAUCCAAUACAUUGAACUAGUUUAUGUUUGUAUAUUUGUAAAUAUAUCAAUGUAGAUUUAUAGGACAUCAUAUUUGUAACUGAGACUACAGGGGGUAUGUAACAUUAACUACUGGUGAUAAAAAUACUUUUUUAAAUGAAUAAUAUUCUAACUAACAAUCCAAACUACUGACUCAGAUCAUUAUUCUUGUUUGUCUAUUUUAACUUGAUAUAAUGUAGGAUUAUUUCCCAAUCUGAUUAAAACACAGAUCCUAUUUCGUUUCGGUUUUUAUAGUUCAAAAUUUCAUCUUAUUUGUCUGUACUACAUUAGGAUAGGGAAGAGUUGUUAUAUAACCUGCGUUCUGGAUGGUGUGAAGGAUUAGCCAAUGAAACCAUCUUUUACGGCGACUUCUUAAAUUGGCAUGCGAUGCAUGGAACUGUGGGUAAACCACUAGAAACGUACAACCUCUGACACAAGCUUUUACUACAACCGGUCAGAUCUUCAUGUAGUUUAGGCCAUCAAAAGUAUAAAAAAAACGAUACGAAAUAUAGAUCUGUAUUUUAAUCAGAUUGAAUUAUUUCCAUGAGCUGUUCUCGGAUUUGUUUAAUUAAAUAAUAAUUUUGUAAAUGAAAUAUUAUUUAUGGACCAUCUAUGGGGGUCACGGUAGUGGAGAGGUCAUCUAUGGGGGUCACGGUAGUGGAGAGGUCAGGUUUUAAUUUUAAAAACAGAAUGAAGUAAAUAAUGGGUAACCAUCACAAGGCAUACAUGAGUGAUUUUAGUAUUUGGUUGCACUCUUUAUGUAAGUUUUGCACACUACAACUUAAAUGUAAGUGACAUGUCUAUAUUUAGUAACUUGUUUGUUGUCGAUUAUCGUAAAUAUAACUAGAAAUACUGGCAUAUUAAACAUUAAGACAACUAAACAAUAUUUUUCUAGAAUUAUUAUAUUCAUUAAUGUUACAUACUCCAGUUGACUAGGAUCAUACAGGUAGAAAAACAUGUAUUGAUUUAGAUAAUCAAAUAAAAUGUAAUGUAAAUGUAUCAUAUAUUUAUAAAUAUCAUUGUUAUAUAUUAUACUACAAAAAAAAAACAUGUGAUAGUUAAAACAGGGACCAAUAUUAAUGUAAAUUUAGAGUAUAGCAGGUUUAUAUUUUUCAGAAGAAAACAACAUUCGUACAUGCUCUUAAAACAUGUUAAAAUGAAUGAUUUUACACAAGGUAGUUAAAAUCUUUUUUGUAUGAUUUUAUGCAGAUUUGACUAAAUCGUACUAGGAUGAUUGUUAUAUAUACUUAAAAUCAUACUAGAAUGUUGUAUUCAUUAAGUGUUAUUUAAGAGUCAAGAGCUAGGCAUUAAGUUAUAUAUUGAUAGUCACAAGAGCAUGAGCCUGAGUGUUGUAUCAAAAUAUUUUAUGCAAUGUCUUGUUCGAGACCAUUAAACAACUUAAAAUGCAGACACUACCCUGCAGAUGCAUUUCAAUGAAGCUGUCACACACCUUUCAAUGAAAACAUGACACUAGUCCAAUAUUUCAUCUAGUUUAAAUAGUGUACGAUUAUCAGGUUGCCCGUAUUUGAAAUAUUGGUACACCAACAUCAGAGGAUGACAUCAAAGCUGUAUUUUAAAUCUAAUUAAUCUUGUUAUAUAUACACUGUUACCAUGAUAGAUAACAUAUACUUUAUCAUGAUUGUUGUAAAGUAUAUUUAAUCAAACUUAAGUAUAUUUACUUAAUCAUGAUAGUAAGCAAAUUUGUUAAAAUAUUUAUUUACAAAUUAUGAUACUAGUAUGAUUAAUCAUUCUAGUAUGAUUGUUACAAAUUAUAUACUUUAUCAUGCUGGUUGGUUGGUUUAAAAUUUAUACUUAUUCAGAAGCAUGUUAAAAAUGUUGAAUAAUAAAAACAGACAGUAUAUAUUUACUUAGAUGAUGUUAGAUUGGCUGUUACAGAUUAUACUGUAUGUUAAAGAUGUAUUAUUUGUUUGAGCAACAAUAAACUAG